AAAGCUCCCAAGGCGGGCGGGAAGCCGGGGAUCGAGGUUUGGUGGGGCAGGCCGCUGAAAGGGCCGCCCUUAGGCGGGUCCCUCAGUGUCGGGCAGUUGGUUGCGAGCUGCAGCCUCACCGUCAGCGUCCCAACCUGGAAGCUCCAUCCAUCCAAGCUCCGCUGACUGGUCGAGUUACCGACUUCGGCAGUCAAGACCCUACCUCAUUGCUUGCGAAAAACCCAAUUCCUGAUCGGAUAUCCUCCCUCUUUAUUCCAGGCCGGUCCUUCACUAAAACAAGCGACAAUGUCGGGCGCAGGGGACCGGGAAGCUGUCUUCCCGACGCGGCAAUCGUUAGGUCUAAUGAAGGCAAAGCUCAAGGGCGCCGAGACAGGGCACAGCUUGCUAAAGAGAAAGAGCGAAGCUCUAACCAAACGCUUCCGAGAAAUAACCCGGCGCAUCGACGAAGCCAAGCGUAAGAUGGGCCGCGUGAUGCAGAUCGCGUCGCUGUCGCUCGCCGAGGUGACGUACGCGGUGGGCGGCAACAUCGGGUACCAGAUCCAGGAGUCGGCCAAGGCGGCGCGCUUCCGCAUCCGCGCGCGGCAGGAGAACGUGUCGGGCGUGCUGCUGCCCGCCUUCGAGAGCUACCUGACCGAGGGCAACAACGACUUCGCCAUGACGGGCCUCGGCAAGGGCGGCCAGCAGGUGCAGCGGUGCCGCGAGACGUACGCGCGCGCCGUCGAGGCCCUGGUCGAGCUGGCUAGUCUGCAGACCGCGUUUGUCAUUUUGGAUGAGGUCAUCAAGGUGGUUAAUCGGAGAGUGAAUGCCAUCGAGCAUGUCAUUAUUCCGAGGACGGAAAACACCAUCAAAUAUAUCAACUCGGAACUCGACGAGCUCGACAGAGAAGAGUUCUACAGACUCAAGAAGGUGGCAAACAAGAAGCAGCGAGACACUGCCGCGGCAGAUGCCGAGAGAAAGAGAAUCAAAGAGGAGCAGGCGGCGAGAGGGCAAGAGAACCAAGCACCAGAGCCAGAAGAAGCAUCGGGGCCGGCGGAUAUUCUAGCUGCCGAAGAGGACGAGGAUAUCAUCUUUUAGUGGUUCUAUAUACCAAUUUGUACAGGCUGUUGGAUCGAUUGUGGGUAGAGCUAUUGGGCAAUCCCUCGUUUUGACAGGCAUGGGCGAAUGUCGGAGUUAGUUGCUUGCUUUUUUAUUGC